AUGGGGUUCUUUUACUCACAAUUUCUUGUGACUCCCCAAUAUCCAACACAGUCUUUCGCCGACCAGACGGCGCUCGUCACCGGCGCCAAUGUCGGCUUAGGGCUAGAGGCUGCACGUCACAUCACGCGACUUGGUGCAGCACGAGUGAUCCUUGCUGUUCGAAAUGUGGCUGCAGGAAAAGCAGCAAAAGAGGACAUUGAAAAGUCCACAGGCCGUCUAGGCGUCUGUGAAGUGUGGGAGGUCGACCUAACCUCCAACGCCUCGGUCCUUGCAUUUAGCGAGCGUGUCUCACAGCUCCCCAAGCUCGAAGUAGCCAUACUAAAUGCAGCAAUUGCCACAGAGCAGUUUGGUAUUGCCGAGGGCUAUGAGCGAACUCUCACUGUCAAUGUCAUCAACACCCUAUUCCUCGGCCUCCUCAUCCUGCCAACCAUGAAGGCCACACGGCAAAAGGACCCAUCGCGCACGCCCCGACUUACCUUCGUAGUGAGUGAGGUGCACGGAUGGGUGAAUUUCACAGAAUGGAAGGAAGCCCAACCAAUGAAGUUCGUCAGCGACCAAACAAAUGCGAAAAUGCACGAGCGGUACCCAUUAUCGAAGCUGCUCCAGGUACUGCUUGUACAGGAACUAGCGGGCCGAGUGCCUGGAUCACAGGUGGUCAUCAACAUGCUCAACCCUGGUUUCUGCCAUUCACAAUUAACACGAGAGGCUGGGUGGAAGUACACACUGAUGAAAGUGCUAUUGGCGCGAUCCACUGAGGUUGGAUCUCGAACGCUUGUGGCGGGUGCUACGGCUGGACUCGAAAGCCAUGGUGCAUAUAUGACCGAUGGACAUGUGGAGAGCACUGCACUUUCACCUUUUGUGCGGAGUGACGAGGGGCGCCAAGCGCGUGAGAAACUGUGGGCUGAGCUGUCGUCGAUCCUUGAGGGUGUUCGCCCUGGGGUUAUGCAGAACGUCUGA